AUGUGCUACCACAAGCGCACCCUCUACAGCCCCUGCGGCCACGCCUCCUGGGGCCGCCAAGUCCUCGCCUGCCCCCUCCAAGACAACUUCCUGGACGGAGAGGCCGGCCUCGCGCAGCCCUGCGACACCAUGAACGCGCACCCGCUGCACUCGGUGAGGGUCGAGAUGGCGUGUCCCGGGUGCGGCAAGAAGCAGCGCCGGGCGCGGGCCACUUUUGAGCAGAUUCGGAACGAGCUGAAAGGGGCAAGGGAGAAGCUGGCGCGGCACCGGAAGAGUGUUGCUGGUGGUGGCCGGGGAGGAGGACAUGAGAAGCAGCAGGGGGGGGAGGAGGGUGAUAGGGGAGAGAGGGAGAAGCUGGCUGGCAGGACUGGUGAAGAGGAAGAAGGAGAAGAAGAAGAGGGGUUCAUGGAGGUGAGGUGGGAGGAGCAUGCUGCUUCGGAUGGUGUUGAUGAUGGCGAGUUCGAUCCGAUUGAGCUGUAUAGGCGGUAA